GGGUGGCAACUGGCAAGGCGGCCGCGGCAGGACAACAAUCUCAACAACAGGCAGUCGGCCCAAAUGGCAACUCAUCCAUCAAGUUAGUUGUAGUGACAGGAAGCCGGCAAUAUGGUUUGUGCCAACAGCAAAUAUUGUGUAUUGGAUGGUAACUAUAUAUAACAUGAACUGAAAGUACGUCGUAUUUGCCUUUUCUUUUAAAGCAAAUCAGAGACCACUUAAUUGUGCGGCAUCUUCCUUGGUACCAUAUAUCAAGCUUCUUAUGAAAAUAUUUAUGUCAACCUCCACACCAAGGUUUGUGUUGAAUAAGGAAGAGUAGUGCGCAGCAGGCAAGCAACGACCAUGAAAAUGACUUGGGCCAGCAGAGCUAGAUGGCGACCUUUUGGAGCUAGUGAGACUGCUCAGAUGAUACUGUCUGGGGGUCCUGAAUAUUACAUACUGUGAGAGGGCGACGAGAAUCGAUCAGUUGACCACUCAGUAGUCGAGGCACCAUCUCGCCGCCAAGAUCAUCUUUCCAGCGACCAGGCUCCACUCACUCGGUAAUCGGUAUUGCAUCUUCUUUCCCCUCUGCAUCAAUUCAGUAUUUCAGUUGCUUACUGGCUUUCCGUGUAUGCAGUCUCCAUUACCGUUGAACUUCAGGCACCAUGGGUCCUGUCAGUCUCUUCUUCCUCAUACUUGCAACUCCAGCACCAUUGUUCACCGCGGCACAAGGCUUUGGCUAUCCGACAGCCAACCUCUCGACACUGUGGGUCAACCACGACGCCUCCCUCCCGCACAGCGUCCACUACAAAGGAGGUUUAGCCGCCCGCCCCAUCCUUCUCCAUUCACAAAGUGCCCACUAUGGCCAGUCCUUUGCCACAGGAUUCUUCUGUGCCCCACCUUGCGACAUGUUCUACUUUGCUGUAUUCAUUGUCCGAACGGACCGUGGCGCCCGUAUCAUUGACGGGAAUCCACAGGUGGUCUGGUCUGCCAAUCGGGCUCGUCCUGUUAGCGAGAAUGCCACCGUUGAGCUGACUUCGGGUGGUGAAUUGGUCCUUCGUGAUGCUGAUGGUAGCCUGGUCUGGUCUACCGGACGCUCAGGUCGGCCGGUAGCUGGCAUGGUGAUCACCAACAUUGGCAAUCUGGUGCUGUUUGAUCUGAUGAAUGCAACUGUAUGGCAGUCAUUUGAUCAUCCUACCGACACGUUGGUCCCUGGGCAGUCACUUGUGGAGGGCAUGAGGCUCACAGCAAGUACCUCCGCAACAAAUUGGACAGAGAAUCAGCUGUAUGUCAAUGUACGCCAGGAUGGUUUGUAUGCUUACGUCGCAUCUGCACCACCACAACUCUACUAUAUGCUGACAUCAAACGAAGAAAAGACAGGAAAUGAAAUAACAAAGGUUACAUUCAUGAAUAGCAGCCUCUGCAUCUUUCUUAACUCAACAUAUCCAGAUCCGAAUAGCAUAUCAUGGCCAACAACUACGUCCAGCCAGUUCAUAAGGCUGGAAUCUGAUGGCCACCUGAGGAUGCAUGAAUGGGAUAUGGCAGAAGAAACUUGGCCUGCUGUGGAGGAGGUAACAAAGCCAAAAUUUGGUGACUGUGGUUUCCCAACUGUGUGCGGGGAGUAUGGAAUAUGCACAGGCAGGAAGUGCACCUGUCCCCUUCAGGAUAACAAUAGCUCAGGCUACUUCAAGCCGAUUGGUGACCCCAAGGACAAUCUUGGUUGCACACCCCUGACCCCAAUCUCUUGUAAAGAAAUGCAACACCAUCAGUUCUUAACCCUCGACGAAGUUUCUUACUUCGAUGUAAACCACUCCUUUGUGAAUGCAACCAACCAAGAUGAUUGUAAGCAAGCCUGCUUGAAAAACUGCUCCUGCAGGGCCGUCAACUUCAGACGUUACUUUGAGCAGACUGAAACCGACGGCCAUUGCUUCUGGGUGACCAAGGUCUUCUCCUUGCAAUCAAUAAAACUUGAACCUGUUAAUUACAAGAGCACAGUUUUCAUCAAGGUGCAGGUUGGCCCUUCCAACUCAGCUGCUCCUUCUGCUCAUUCCGCAAACAACAGCAACCUCAUUUUAGGCACCACAAUUCCAGCUAUUAUUACUGUUGUAUUACUUGUUGUUGCUGUCACCAUUUAUCUACAGAGGAGGAGAGCAUAUUAUGACAAGAAAGAUGAAGACUUCAAUUUUGAUCAAUUUGCUAGAAUGCCGGCCAGGUUUUCUUUUCAGAAGCUGAGAGAAUGCACUCAAGGGUUCAAUAAAAAACUUGGAGAAGGUGGAUUUGGAUCUGUUUAUGAAGGGAAAUUAGGUGAAGAGAGAGUUGCAGUGAAACGUUUGGAAAGUGCUAGACAAGGAAAGAAAGAAUUCUUGGCAGAGGUACAGACAAUUGGAAGCAUCGAACACAUCAAUCUUGUCAGGCUGAUUGGCUUUUGUGCAGAGAAAUCUCAGAGGCUUCUAGUAUACGAAUACAUGCCGAGAGGGUCACUUGAUAGGUGGAUCCAUUAUCGCCACAACAAUGCCCCACUUGAUUGGCCCACACGGUGUAGAAUAAUUCUGGAUAUUGCCAAGGGCCUAUGCUAUCUUCACGAGGAGUGCAGGCAAAAGAUAGCUCAUUUGGACAUCAAACCACAAAAUAUUCUCUUAGAUGAGAAAUUCAAUGCUAAAGUGGCUGAUUUCGGACUAUCUAAGCUAAUAGACAGGGAUCAAAGCAAGGUAAUGACGGUGAUGAGAGGCACACCUGGAUAUAUGGCACCUGAAUGGUUAACCUCGCAAAUCACUGAAAAAGUUGAUGUCUACAGCUUUGGAGUUGUUGUCAUGGAGCUAAUAAGUGGGAGAAAAAAUAUUGAUAAUUCUCUGCCUGAGGAGAGUUCUAACCUCAUCAAUUUGUUACGAGGAAAGGCUCGAGAUAAUCAGUUGAGUGAUUUGAUUGACAAGCAUAGUGAAGACAUGGUCGCACACCAGGAGCAAGUGAUUCAAAAGAUGAAGCUUGCAAUGUGGUGCUUGCUAAAUGAUGGCUGUCAAAGGCCUUCCAUGUCGACAGUGAUCAAGGUACUGGAUGGUGCAAGGAGUAUAGAAACUGCUAUUCUUCACAGAUUUCAUGAUAUAAAUUCAGCCAUGUCUGUUCAAGACACAUCCGCAUAUUCGGUUAAAGCUCAAGCAUCCGUCUUAUCUGGACCAAGGUGAAAUGACUAGCUAACAAGAAGACAUCCAACUUGAUUAUACACUUGGUUUGUAAUAGUUUUUUAAAUAUUAUCCAUUUUGCAGUUUGAAAGUGUGUUAUAAAUAGCGUGAAAAGAACAAUUCCCAGCAAAUAUAUAUGUUUGAUUGUUCGGUGAAGUCGUACCAGAUAAAUUUUCAUCUGCGUAUUACCUGUAACCUCAUCUGGUAUUCCAAAAUUAUAUUUGCGAACUAUGUGGUAAACAAGGAAAUUACCUGUGAUGUAACUAAUACUAUAACAAUCUACGGAACAUUGAAUUCCAGAAUUUUGCAACUAGAGUUACAGACCUGAUGGGGAUGAGCACCUUAUGGAGAUGGCUCAAGGCAUAGGGAUCUAAGGAGAAAGAUGAGACCAGGAUGACAAACUUUAGACGAGAGAAAAAUAAGUGAUUUUUCUGAUGUUUUCCAUAUUCAACACAAAAGGAUUAAUGAUGGUAAUAGCGCUGAUACUUUAAUUUGUAAAUUUCUAGGUUGGCCACUAAAAUGAACAUGUCACUAUGUCAGUCUCAUAUGUCAAAAUGAUAAUACCACUCUUUUAAAAAAAAAUAGCAGCAACACUACAUACUCUUGCAAACAAAAGUUGACUAUCCUCUUUCAUAUGUGGGGGUGGGGCCAUCACUAUAUGAGCUGCCACAGGGAG